UUGGUAGGCGGUUUGUUUGGAUUUCUUCUCCUGCCUGCCACACUACAAGCUGUACGGAUUCAACAGUUUAAUUCAAAAAACUAUCCAAUACAACUGCUAAUAUUAUAGCAUCUGAGGAAGGAUGGAUGAAUCUAAGAAACGCCUAGUGCAGCGACUCAUAAGAAGGAUACCGACUAAAAUGCUGAAAACAACGCUGCAGAAGUGGGGCCAUUUGACAGGGGAACAGCAUCGGGCCAUGGAUAGCAUUCAGUCCAAAUGGGCGCUAACGGAAAGCCUACUCGCUAUUUGCGAGGAAAACGAGUUGGCAGUUAAACACCUCACAGAACUCGAGAUGAUUUAUAUGAUGGACAAUCCAGACCAAGGGAUGUGGUAUGCCUUCCAGCUUACCGACCCUGGAGAUGAUGCUCAAUCUGUGGAUCUGAUGCAGUUCAAGGAACAAUUUAAAUCUCACCUAAGAGAACUUGUGAGACAAGUGUCCGUCAAAAUAAAAAAACACACAGAUGAAGCCGUUUGGAUUCGGAUUGCAUGGGGAGACGCCUACUCUCGCCCCGACCAUCUCAAACCAACAUAUGUUGUUCACUAUCUUCAAACACCAUAUGUCUUUGUGACCCGUCUGAAUUCAAAGCAAAAGCCCAUGUUAUUCCAGGCCAUGGUUCUGUCCACCAGGUAUCAAUAUUUCAAGGAUGCCAACCUCAGUGGCCGGAAUCUCACUGCCAUUAGGGACCUGCUAAUGAGGAAAUAUCAACAGGUCUUCCCCACCAAGUAUCCCAGCCCUCUCACAGAAAGAAAACAAACAGUCACAAACCCACACGUAGAAAGAGAACAAGCUAAGCCUGCAGCAAACAGACUUCAGAUGGCCUGUGAGGCCUUUGGUGGUGGGACGUUACCUCAGCUACAGUCUGCUGUUUACAAGCUGGAGACAAAGUUCAGAGACCACACCAACACACUCAUGACGGAGCGAGAGGAGCCCUUCAGAUGUGUUGUCAAAUUUUCCAGCACAAACCUCCUGGAGUCACUCAAAAACUGCGCAUCUUCAGGAAUUGCAUCCACCCCAGUCACACCUCUGCUUUCAUCUAUACCCCUAAAAGGAAAGAAUUAUUUUGUCAUCACAGACAAUGUACCUGGUCCUUCCUCACAAAUGCGCCAAACACAGAACUGAUGGCCGACAGGGGCCGUUUCUCAAUGUCGAGUAUACCUGCUGCAGAGCCACUAGUUCAAGUAUACUAUGUCAUCGAGUGGCGCCGAAGGACUGUUUUAAAUGCAUGUUAAAUGCCCAGCAUUCGACGCCACUCGAUGACGUAGUAUACUUGAACUAGUGGCUCUGCAGCAGGUUUACUUGAUUUUGAAGGAGUGAAAGCAUGGCGCCAUGUCUGGUCAACCCAGGGUUUGCUUUUAUUGUUCUAUCCUCAAUCUCCUUGUUCAAGAGCCACUGCCCCUCCAAGAUCUGUAGCAAUUAAUGUACCUUUAUUACCCAGUUGCAAAUAUCUUAUUAGUUUUUUUUUCUUUUUUUCUUUUUAGUGCAAGAAUGUUAUUUCUAUGAAAUAUAUAUGUCCCAAAUUGAAUAUAAAGCUGUAACAUUGUUUUGUGGAGU